AUGGGCAGAAAAAGAUAUUGUGACACAUGGACCGCAUGUCUGGUGAUUCUCAGCCAGUGUAAAAUAAGUCAAUGUUUAAACGUGCCCGCAGCUUUGCGAGGACUCGAGAUUCUGUUAUCUACGGCGUGCAUUGCCAGAAUAGGCCGAUCAAGGCAAGAGAGAAGAGGUAGCAGGCUGAAGGACAGCGGCUUUGAUGCAGAAGAUAGCUUGGCUACAAUUGACAAUCGAACAGAACCGUGCGACUUGAUGGGCAGCAACUCCGCUUCAUACAUGGUGUACGAGGUCCAUCAAGUAUACUCCGUUCAUUUAGACACUGUAUAUUUCCUCUGGGCCAUUGAUUGGAAGAAUACUGCUUCUUGCCCGCGGAUGAGUCCACUGAGAUUGAGCAACUUGCCUAGUCAUCCUCAGACCAACAUGACCUUUUCUGUGUUCGGAUCGAUAGUCGCAAUUAGCAGGCUAACCAAUUCACCAAGCUUUGUCGCUAACAUGUCCAGGCACAUCACAUCACUUGAAAUUCGCGAUUGCUAUCCCAGCUGGAUGGUGGAUAUGCAAUGGCUUUUUCACUAUAUCGAAGCCCUGUAUUCCUCCAAGCUGAAGGCUCUGCAUUUGACUCGUGGAUAUUUGUCGAGAAGUCAUGAGCGACAGUGGACUGCUAGAUGUGUUGUUCCUCGGCGAAUAUGCCACGACUAA